AUGGUACAAAGUUGGGGUAGCUGCAUGUUGUUUGAGUUUUAUGGCUUUUGUCGGGCUACUAUUUUUGUUGAAGGUGCCAAGGCUAUAAGGGGACUUCUGAAGUUGCAACAGAAUUCUGAAGUUGCUGCAGUUGUAGAUGUUUUCGUGAAGCUUUUGGCUUUAAUAAAUCUAAAAAUCCUCUCUCACUCCCUCGCUCUCCCUCCCGCGCUCACCCUCUCUCCUCCGGCGAGUUCAUCGGCCACCGGAAAUCCCCUCUCACUCCCUCGCUCUCCCUCCCACGCUCACCCUCUCUCUCCUCCGGCGAGUUCUUCGGCCACCGGAAAUCCUCUCUCACUCCCUCGCUCUCCCUCCCGCACUCACCCUCUCUCUCCUCCGGCGAGUUCUUCAGCCACCGGCGAAGCUGUCCGUUCGUCGCAAGGUUCUGUCCACUGUCUGUCUCACUCUGGCGACGUCUACAGCCACCGGCGAAGCUCCUGUCUCUCUCUCACUCCUGCGAAGCCGAAGGCUCUCUCUCUCCUCCACCGGUGGCUUUGCAAGUUGGAUAAAGGCAAAUCUAGCUCAAUUCCACUGCCAACAACUCAGGCCUCAAGGAUGCCAUUUCCUGAAAUACAGUACCCUCAGCCCGCUUCACCUGUAAAACUAUUGGGUCAUGCUGGAUGGUUGCUGCUAUUGAGACAACAAGUGUAUAGCAAGGUUUUUUUAACAGUAAGCUGCAGUUUGAGAUGUUGCUGGUUGCUUGGUUUGCUAUGUGAUGGUUUGGCUGAUGUAGUUUGUUACUUUGCUGGUUGUAAUCUAUAUAGUUGUAGUGUUCAGGAAGCUUGUUGUUUUCCUGGAGUUUUUGGCUAAAUAGCUAGAGUGCAUUGUAUUCAUUAACUUUUUUAAAUGAAAGAGUUACUCAUUAAUAAAAGAACGACCUUGAAAGGUGAAAAGCUCUAUGCUUUA